AUGAGUCUCUCUCUCGUUGAAAGUGUCUGGCUAGGGACGUCAGCUGCGCAACUAUCUGCGCUCGUAAACUUCUUCCACAGUGAGUACCUGCGAGUAGACUCGCGGAACACGUUUGCCCUCAGCAAGUCCUAUGCCGUGGCGGUAGCGCUGAACGCACUUCCGUACGCUAUCGUUGGUGUAGUGCUCUUCUUAGCCGCUCUUCUGGUUCUGACGAUCCGCUCAUGUUGCUGCAAGCAGUGGUGGUACAAGCGCAGUCUCAGACCGGGUUUGCGGAGGCACUUUGUGGCCUUGGGCCUCGUGGGUCUCGCUCUUAUCGUUAUCACGUAUGGUUCGCUCGCGAUCAUGUUCCAGGCGGCGCGCGGUAUCGACCGCUCGGUAUCGGGUACCUUUAAAGCACUGAUAUCUGCGGGAGGCGAGCUCGACAAUGGUGCAACAUUCAUCGCCCAGACUGUCAGUAACUUUAGUCAAGCAGUCUCCGAGUACGUUGCGGCGCAUGGUAGUACGAACGGCCUCGAGUGCAAGUCAGCGCUCUCCAGUCUGAACCAAAAAGCGCAAACUCUCGAGUCAGAUGCCCAGUUGGUGGCCGGGGCCGACUACAGAGCCAGCAAUGAAGGCAUCUAUGUCGUGCAGUACAUCUUUCUGGCGAUUGUCAUCUUGCUAGCCGUUCAAGUCGGCGUAACCUACCUGGCCUUGGUGCUCUGUCAGGGACACGUCCGCAACUGCUGUGCGGUCUUUUCUCGCAUUCUUGCACUCAUCUUUGCCGGACUGGUCAUGGGCAUCGCAUGGGUUGUGGUGGGUCUCGCGGUUGCCGCAGCCCUCGCACUGAGCGAUGCCUGUGUUUCCCAAAAUCAACUCUUCCAGUAUAUGGAAUCGCAGGUCAAGUCUUUUCAACAGGGUCAGCCAGCGCCACCGCCUCCCUCAGGAAACGCCUUUAUCGAGGUCGGCCUACAGUGCCCUGUGUUGAAUACCCUAGGCAAGUCGUACAGCCAAGCGAUUUCUGAACUGAAGUCGAUCAUUUCGGACUGCCGAUAUAUCAUUGAGAGCGCAACCGGCCUGAGCGACUCGGAUUACACCCAGGUGACCGACCAGCUGGUGACCCAGGUCGAGGACUUGACGAACUGCACCACGAUGCUCCGGGCAGUGCACCGUAUUGGUGCCUUAUCCUGUGGCAGUCAGCGCGACUCGGAUAUCUCUUCCGCGUUUAUCGUUUUUGUCGUCGGACUGGUCCUCGCCGCCAUCUACAUUAUCCUCUACUUUUUGCUCGUUCUGGAUGCAGACCUGCUUGUCUGGGCAAAGAUGGCUCCGGGACGAACCGUUCAACCAGUCAUGUACCAGAUUUAUCCAUUGGAUGCGAGUGCUACUCCCGAGAACCAAGCUGCGAGCGCUCCUUACUCCAGGUUCGGUGGCGGGGCGGAUACGCUCGCCACAAUACCCGACACGAGCUGGGCGGGCGCUGGCAAGUCAACAGUGACCUCGCUUGGAGGGUCGGAAAACGGCGGGUCAGAGGGCGUGCCACGUCCGUCGGCUCCACCGCCGAGCUGGUGA